GAUUAAAUCAAAAUGAGCAACACGAUGACUGCAGCACAUGAGCCGACCAUGCAUUAUUUGGACAGCAUUUUGAACGAGGAGGAGAAACGUUGCGGCGAUCAAUAUUCGCAUCAAUGGCGCAAUUUCACAAUUUCUCGUUCAGGUCGCUUCAGGUCGAAGAACAAGAAACGGGAUGUGGUUGAUGGCAAACUUUUCGAUGGCAGUAAUGCCAAGGAAAACAAUGAUAAGAUCUCUGCGCGAAACACAGCGAAAUCAUCCUCCUAUUCAGCAACUCCAACAAUUGGAACCAGCAACAACAACACAUCGAUAGCUCCAACAGCAACAGGAACGACGACGACGUCAGUGCGAAGUCAACGUGACAAAACGGAGAGCUAUAAAAGCUUUUACGAAACAAAUUUAUAGAUAGUGUUUGGGGGCUCUAUACAUCAUAUGUGUGUAUACUAUAGCAUACUAUAUAUAUAUAUAUAUAUAUAUAAAGUUAUAUAUAACAUUUGUAUUACGCUUUAUUAAAUCAACCUAAGAGUUUAUUGCACAAC